AUGAAAACCCAAAAAUCGACUGAAGGAGUUGGAUAUUAUUGUGGGACUUCACCGUCAAACACAUCUUACGAGUUGUCGCGCAAUGUGAGCUUCAUUUUGCAGAAUGGACACGCGGCCUUUAAUCCGAAUGUAGCAGAGGUGGCUUGUAUUCACUGUAAACCAGCCAGAAAACUUCCCAGGAACCUUGAGGACUUCAUAGGUGCUUCUGGAGUCUCGGGAUUCAUUUAUGUUUCUAUGGGCUCUUCUGUAAAGGCUGCAAAUGUACCAGAGGCGCUUCGUCGCCUGCUUGUGAAAACCUUUGAACGCCUGCCAUACCAUGUGUUGUGGAAGUAUGAAGGUAGUUCCGAAGACAUAAAAGAACUUACUGCAAAUGUAAAACAUUCAAGAUGGCUACCGAAACAGGACAUCUUAGACCACCCCAUGCUACGUGCCUUUGUAACCCACGGGGGCUUGCUUAGCAUGUUUGAGACAGUAUUUCAUGGAGUGCCCGUCGUGACAAUGCCGGUAUUCUGCGAUCACGAUGUUAACUCAGCUAAGGCUGUGGUUGAUGGUUAUGUCGUAAAGCUAGAUCUUCGGACGCUGUCGGCCAAUCAGCUUCACAAGACUAUUAUGAAAGUGAUUCACGAUCCUCGGAACAGGAAUGCAGCGCAACAUCGCCAGAAACUCUUGCUGGAUCAGCGCUCAACAGCUCUGGACACUGCUGUAUACUAGACGAAGUAUGUGCUGCGUCACAAUGGCGCUUAUCAUCUUCAGUCUCCAUCACGCAAUAUGACGUGA